AUGCCACAUGUGUUCUCCCGGCUUGGCGCCCUUCUCUUGAAAACAAAACCUUCCUCAGGCUCUUCAAACCCCACCCUCCAAACCCCAACCUCCCUCUCAUCAUCUACUUCCACGGAGGUGGAUGAUCUCUUGCCGAUGAAGAUCCGAGGGCUGAUACUAAACCAGCCUUUUUUCGGUGGGGUCCAUAGGACUGAAUCCGAGAUGAGGUUGAUCAACGAUCGGACAUUUUGCCAGCUGGUCGUUAACGACUUGAUGUGGGCCACGGCUUUGCCAAAGGGAGUCGAUCGGGAUCACGAGUAUUGUAAUCCGACGGCGGGAGUUGGGGAUGGGAGGAUCGAACGGUUGCCGAGGCGUUUGGUUAGAGGGUACGGUGGGGACCCGCUGAUGGAUAGGCAGAAAGAGUUUGUGGCGUUACUUGAGUCACGUGGGGCGCACGUGGUGGCCAAGUUUGACGAGGAGGGGUUUCAUGGCGUGGAGCUCUUCGACCCCAGCAUGGCCCAAGUUCUGUACGACAUUCUUAGGGAUUUUAUCGAGUCGUGCAGUACAUACGACGGUGAUAAUGUUGUCGUUUCAAAAUCGGCCACGUGAAGUAAGGCCAAGAAGCUGACAUGGCUUGUUAGAAAACGCCAUUUUGGUUGCUGUUACUUUUGCUUGCAAGGAGUUUUACUGUUUUAGCCACAUUAAAGCACAUCCAAUGAUUAAAUUAAAAUUAUGGGUAAUGCUACGAGAUCAUGUAUGUAAAUUAUAUUUUGUAAAUUAUAUUAUGUGCUAGUUGAUAAUUAGAUUAUUAAUUAAGUAUUAAUUAACGUGUUUAUUUUUUAUUGAUGACAUAUUACAUAAUUUACACAUUACUUGGUACUCUUAUCUUGCUUAAACUAGACAUCAAACUAAUUUUGUGGUUUCUAAAUUUUGGAUCUAAGGAACUUAUUAAUUUUCCACCUUAUCCUAAUUUAUGGUAAAUCGCUCGAGAAUGCCACCGGUGCCAUUCAAAUGCGUAUGACAUACGAACAUUUUUUGAACCGUUAUUUAGAUUAGCGAAACCUUUUAAGGCAUUGUCUUUGUCACUUGUGAAUAGAAUGUGGUUCCAUUCUGUAAUGAUACUAUGAUAGCAUCGGUGAGGAAUAUAACUCAAUUUUAUGGCAUCUCUAUGACUUCGGGAAAAUGGGAGUAAUUUCAGAUUCUACUGAGAAGCGAGAACCUUCUUUCGUACCCACGAUUACAGUGUGGAAAAAAAUGAUCCAGGCUUAUAUUUAUUUUGUCAAUUGCCUAUGCUUUUGGCAAAAGUUCUAAGAUUUUUUACUGUUAUACACUUUGUUUGUACGAUACUUGACCAAUCCCGAAACUACCAAGCAUCGGUCAACUUUAUACCUUUAAGGAUCCACAGAGGGGUUCAUGCUAAGGCACCCCAGUCGAAGCACAAGAGUUUUCCUCCAACCAGAAGGCCAAUCAUAACACGAUACAUGUCAACGUCAGAAUAAAGCUCAUAGAGUCUCACAUCGACCGCAGACAAAAGCUGAAGACUCUCAUCAACUAUAAAAGAAGACCAUUCUCCUACAUGAAUCCCUAAUAUCAUUAUUGUACUAAAACUAGUCAUUAGAACUCACUAAUGAUGAUUAUGCUUCAAUCUAUGUAUUUUUGUAAACUCUUCACUAUUAAUGAGAACUCAUCUACUUCGUGGACGUAGCCAAACUUAGGGUGAACCACAUACAUCUUGUGUUUGCUUCCUUAUCUCUAUCUCUUUACAUAUUAUCCUCACUAGGUGACCAAGCAACCGAGCGAAGGUCACAAACUUAACACUUUACGUUGUUCCAAAGUCUUCACUGAUUUUAUGCAUCAACAUUUGGCACCGUCUGUGGGAACAACACUUAUUCCUACUAUCCCCAGCUUUGUCAAGCUGGUUUCCAUCGUUUGUACACUCUCCUUUGAUUAGGCAUCAUUUUCCAACAUGGGGAGUGAAGGGAGCCAUAACACGCAGAAUAACAUCCUCUAGUUCCUAGUGUGAGGCGGCGAAGGAAGGAAAGAAAGAAGUUUACUCUUCAAGCCAGGGUCGAAGAGCUAGAGGCUUAGAACAACAAGAUAGCGAUCAUAAAUGAGAUCUUCCAAGAACAAUAUAAAAGCUCUUCGAGAUGCUCUACGAGGCUAAACAGACUCAGUCUUACGAGCUUAUCACCCCUGUGAUUGUGAAUCACCACAUGAGUACCCACUAACACGAGAGUUCACAUAUCUUCAACAUGGGCGUUCUUAAUGAGGAACGAUCUUUUCGCCAUAAUGUCGAUCAAUACGAGACU